AUGGUAAGCCGUUGUUUUUAAAAUGACUUACGAGAUAGUUCUGACUGGAGAGGUCAUUUUUUUUGGUUUGCGAUUGGGAAGUUCCUGAAAAUUGGCAAGAACUCUUCUUGAUGCCCCAGAUGAAGAUUCUGGAAGUCUAUCUCCUUAGCUUUCGAGAAAUAGGGGCCUAACGUCUCAAAAUAGCCUAUUUUUUUGGGUUUUACGGGUUUUCCUUCAAUUUAAAGCUUCUUUUCCCAAAAACGAGGAAGUUGUGCAGGUUAAGACUUCUAGAACUUUUUUCUGGUACAUCAAGGAGCGUUCUGACUUAUUAAAAAUCACAACCGCAAAUUAAAAUGACCUCCCUUGUGAGUCGAAACUUUAAAAAUGAUCUCUAGAAUAUGGUCAAUGUUUCCCCACUUAAACGGCGGAGCAAGGGGCGAGACGCGUAGCGUGUGCGUUCGAUGUUCUUGGCACGAGUUCAAUUCAAUUGCCGCCGACUAUUUAAAAAGCUCGACAACCGCUCUUUUUCAAUGUUUUCUACUAUUUUUUGAUGCACACAUGAACAUAAUCAAUCAAUAAUUGAAAAAAGAAUGAAAAGAGCGAAAAACGGGCUUUUCAAAUAGUCGAUGGCGGUUGAAUUGAACACGUGCCAAGGACCGCGAACGCACACGCUACGCGUCUUGCCCCUGCCCCGCCUCCUUCGCCUUUUAAGUCGGGAAACAUUGACUAUAGUGUGUGUUAGAAAUGAGAAAAGGGAAAAAUAAAAUUCUCCGGAUUUGAAUAAUUUCACGUCUUUCAAGAAAAAUGUACGCUUCUGACUAAUGAUUCUGAUCGUUUUUUUCACACCAAAUAUUCGAAAAAUUAUUAUUUUCUACGUUUUCCCUUUUAUGGUUACUCUAUAUCCAUCUUAUCAUAAAAUUACUAUUCCCAAAACUCAAAAAGUGUCCUCAAAUUUCCCUUUUUUGUUGUUGGAAUGAGUUGGACGUAAACAUCACGGAACCAUGUGCUUAGAGCUUCAUUAUCAUCAUUUUUGCUUCAAAACGUGAUGAAAUGAAUGUUAUGAAAGCAACAAAAGUGUCUGAAAUAUUUUUUUGCUGUAACCAAAGUUCAUUAUUAUUAAACCAUCCCAUAAAGGUCAAGAUUUUGAUCCCGAUCAGUAUGAUCAUAGUCUGCUCGAUUUUUUUUUUGCUGGGUUAUUUUUGAGCUUACUUCUGAAUAAGGUUAACAUACAGAAAACCGUCUCAUUGAUUCAUUGUAAUAUUUUUGAGAAGACUUUUCUAUUCGAAAUUUCUCCAACCACAAAUCAUCCUACUCCCGCCGAUUUUCCCCAAAAAAAGAACCCAAAAUAUCCCAUUCGCGAUACUCCGAGUAGAUUAACACCAUUGACACCACCGUGAAAAACAAGAAAAGAUAUUGAAAAGCUCGCGAGACGAAAUAAAAGGUGGCACGCGGCUUUUUUUUUCCUCGCUGAAUACAUCCACCUCGCUCAAAAGCGAAGCGACAAUAAAAGCCCCAAAUCGUUUUGCGCACGAAAAAAAUUUUUCUUUUUUUUCCCACGCAUUUCCUAAAUUUUUACACACGUUUUUUGUCUUAUCUUUCCUCUCUCUGACAGUUUUUUCGCUUCAAAACUCUACUUUAGACCGUCCUAUUGAUUUAUUUCAAUCAGAAAAAGACCUGAAGAUGUAUUUCAUCAGCUCUUUGUGUUUUUUGUGUGUUUUACAAUUUUUUCUCAAUGUCCUUUUUUAAACUUGAAAGGCUCUGAAGAUAAAAUUUCAUCUUUUUUAUAAAUUUUGGUCAUUUCAUAGUUACCUUUUCAAUUCACCUCCAGCUUAAAUAUCUCAUUUUCUCACCCGGUUUUGCUGAUCCUAUCUCGGAACUUCACUGAUCAUUUGAUUUCAGUGAUUUUUUUUUCCGCAAAACCUUCCGUUGUUUUUCUCCCUAGAAACCCAUCACAACUUCCAAGAAAAAAAAAUGAUGAUAAAAAAAUAAAAUUUCAAGGAGCCUCCGUAAAAGGACUUUUUUUCGAUCAGAACUUUAUUGUAUGAAGAAUGAAAGUUUCUGAGGUUUCUUUUUUCUGGAAGCUCAUAUUUUACUAGUGUGUUAUGAAUAUUAGUUUUUAAAACUUGACAAAUUUCCAAAAAUAUUGAGCUUUAUACAAGAAGAUUAUUAUCAAAAAACGUUUUUUGUAUCUUUUUUGACGCAACAGUAUUUUCAUUUCCUUAAAAGAAAUUAACGGUUUUUUUAAAUUCCAAAAAAUUCUUCCUCGAAAAAAAAAACCAAUAUUUCGUCUCCUAAAUAAUUUUUAGCGCUCCUAGUACCCAAUUAUCAAUCCCCCUUCCAACUUUUUUUUAAAUCUUCAAAGGUAAAACACCUUAUUCCUCAGACCUAUCACCGAAACACAUCUUUCUGACCGUUUUUCUAGAGCCUCGACUACAAAAAUCUCCAAGAAUUCUUAGAAUUUGUCAGAAAAAAGAACAAAUUUGUAGUUUUUCCUCUUCAAAAACUGUGAAUAACAGGACAAAUAUUGUAGUUUCCAAGAGGAAAUCUUUCGCCAUUCGAUCUCAAACAUUGCCUUUCUAAAACCCGAGGUUUACAAAAUUUCUUAUUUUCCUUCUGAGAUAAUGAAAAAUCGCCAUUUUACGCCCACAAAGCUUCAAAAUAAAGUGAAUAGAUAAAGAAAACGAUGACUCAAACUUUCUGAACCGUAAAAAUUGAUAAAGUCCUUUUCAUAUAAUUUACUUUUUUUCGCUUUCUCAUCUCAUAAAUUAUAUAUUUCCCUAAAAUUAAUUAACUAUGGAGCUUUAAUUAUUAAGAUUUCCUAGUAAAGCCAAAAAAAUUAAACUUCCAAUUAAACUUCCUUUGCAAAAACGAACUUUGAUUCCACCAAAAAAAUUAUUUUAUGUUAACUAAGAUCACUCUCAAGAUUUAUUUUUAAAAUUCUAAAUCUUGAGAAAAAUUUGGGAGUAUUUUCUAAAAAAACAAGGGAAAAACCUGUCCUAUAACUUUAAAAAUCCUGUGUUCUUCCCUAUUAUUUUUUUCUGCUAAUUUCUAGACCGAUUUUAUCGAAUUUCUAACCGACUUUUCGAGCUGCUUAUUACAUUUCAAUUUUCAUAUUUCUCUUGAAAAACUUUUUUUUCAAUUUUUAGUUGGAUCAGCAAUACUUAUGGUUGAUUUUGCAUUGAUAUCACUUAACUUGAAAUUUAUACAUACUCUGAACCCAUUUCAUUUGAAAAAUAGUAGCAGUUUGAAAAAAUUAAUCUUUUCAAUUUCUCCCUUUGAGUCCGAGGUUAUUGGAUAAUUAUUGCAUAAGAAGCUUUCAACUAAAAAAAAUUUCGAAAAAAAAAUUCGUAGUUCUAAUUAUUCCACUUCCUUUACAAUUAUGUUACUGGUCGGUUUGGGAUUUUCUAGAAAUUUGCUCAAAAAAUUUCUGAAGGUCUAGAAUAAAAUCCCUCAUAGUUGCAACCUGCGCAAACUUCUAGUUUUUAAGAAAACGCGAAAGUGGAUUUACUAACUUUCCGAGAUUUGAUAAUAAUUAUCUCGAAGAUUCCGUGUAAAAUCUUCACUCGAAGUGGUAGCUCUCAUUCUGAGGCUUCCACCUAGAGCACGGUCUCCGGGCUCCAGCACAACAUCCGCUACAUUCUGAGCUGGUCAAGGCGCAACUGGAUGGACUACGCGCAGAAGGACGAGACGAAGGACCGUAAGACCAUGCUUUCAACUCUUUCGACUACACGUUUGGACUUCUAGCUCGCCAGAUUCAGAUGAAGAUCUCUAAUAGUUGUUACCUGUUCAAACUUUUUGUUCGUUAUAGCUUUCAAAGUUCUUGUUCACCGCCUAGUCGAUUACAUCAGACUAAACCAACAAAAUAAAUGAUUUGAAAAAAAAGUUUGAACAGGUAACAACUAUUAGAGAUCUUCAUCUGAAUCUUCAAAGUGUAUUUUAGCAGACCUUCUGCAAAUGACCUCCCGUGUGAGAAGGAACUUUUCAAAAGCCCUUAAAUAAAAAAAUUUCUUGGUUACCAACUUUAGAGUACCUCCAAAAUCUAGCUUCUCGGGCAAAGUCACAAGACAAAAGGGAACGAAAAAUCCAAGUUUCGGUCAUGAGUACAUCAACCAUUCCACUUCCUUAAAACAUAAUGAGAGGGAAAAUGUGACUUUUCACACAGUUUUUUUUUCGAGAGAAACUCGGCGGCCCAAUCACAAUUGUAUUCAUGUGGGAUUAUCCACGCGAUUUGCCUCCUUGCUGAGUCAAUUCAAAAGAACGACACAACAUACAAAACGUCUUUAUACCUCUCCUUCUCCAUCUGAAUAUCCCUCCGCAAAAGCUUCUUCUUCAAUUAACUCAACUUAUUCUAUUUAAUGCACCGAUGGAGGUACGAGAAAAUGAUCGACAAGGAGAUUCAUUUUCUCCGACUAAUCCAGGUUUGGCAGUGACUUGAGUAAACCCAUAAUGAACAUCCAUAUAUACGUUUUCUAGUAGGAUCACGGUUCAAAAAGUUUAUUUUUUUUGAAACAGCUUCUUUGUAAUUUUGAAAAAGAUUGUGAAAUUCUGCUGAAAACUUCAAAAAACUAGUGCAAUCAAACUGUUUGAAAAAAACUUUCUUUGUAGUUUUUAGCGAAAUUGGUCUCAUUUCUUUAAAGUGUCCUAUUUUUGUAGGGCAUUUUCAUAAAACCAGAAACACUCGAGCUACAGAGUUCCUCGAAAUUCAAAUUCGUCUGCGAAUCUCCGAAAUUCAAAAAACUUCAAAAAACUAGUGCAAUCAAACUGUUUGAAAAAAACUUUCUUUGUAGUUUUUAGCGAAAUUGGUCUCAUUUCUUUAAUUUUUGCUGUUUCUCCCCUCUUUGACGGUUAUUACGAACUUCUCUUUGACCCCGGCUUCAGUUAGAUAUUCUAAUUCCUUAAAAUUAAAACUUCUGAGCUCCAGAUUGGCCUCUAUAGGGGCUCCCCUUCUAGGGACCAUUUUACCAACCCCUAUAGGGGCCACUAAAGCUUGCAGAAGUGGUCCCUAUAGUGGACAUGCUAGUCGAUAGCUCCAUAGUGUUCCUUAUAGGCUAUCUUUUUCUAGGAACCACUUUACCAACCACUGUAGGGUCCACUUGAGCUUUAGGAGCUAAGACCCUAAACCCCUACAAGGACCCCCUUAAUUUCACCCCUAUAGGGACCACUGUUAAACCUUUAUAGGGGUUAUUUUCCGCCCUUACCUCCAUAGGGACGGCUCUCUAAUUCCAGAGGAAGCAUAAAAAAAUUCAGUAAGUUAUCGAUGGAGCGCAUAAAAGAGAAAAAUGGAUGAAAUUAUUUUUCUUCAAAUUUUCUAUUUUCGAACGAAGCCCAGGGUUCUGAUUCCCCAACAAAAAAUUCGAUUCGUUCGAAAUUUAGCUAUGAGUGUAGCGCACAUUCAGAACAAAAAAUCGCCACUUUUUCUUUUUUAAAGUUUUUAAAUUUUCCACCAAGGAUUCGAGAAGAUCCUUCUACAUUCUAAAUCAACUCCACGAUUUCGUACUGAAAUUGCAAAUUUGCAAACGCAAGAACCGUACAUUCCACAAUAUUGUUCAAUGAAUCAUAUUUGUUGAUCUUCUGCAGGCCUUGAAAAACUUUUCGCGUCUCGCACUUUUCUCUUUUUGAUAUGCCGCAGUACUAAAAUCAUCCUUUUCCCCUCAUUUGUAACCAGAAAAGAAAAUAAUUGUACUUUGAUUGAGUAACGCCUUUCCCCAAAAGUUGUCAAUUUUCUCGAUUCCGCCCAAACAAAGAUAAGAAUGUCUGAUUGGAGGAACUCAUGACCAUAUUUAUCAGUUCUUGGGGCUUUUCCCUGGCACAUGACAGCUGUCUAGAGCGGGAAAUUCGAGAAGAUUCAGAUCAAAAUUUGAACAAGCUUUGAUGUAGUAAAUGUGGAGUUUCUAUGAAUACUACAAACUUGAACCGCUGUUUUCAACGUUCAAAUCCAAGAACCUGAAGAAAAUCAUAGAUUUUCAACAAUAAUUUUCCAGAUGGUUUCCGAUGGGCCAGUAGAUGGGUCAUCCUCGACGUAUUCCUGGCCUCAGGGCACUACAACCCCGACCUACUCUCCAAUUUAUUCGUGUGGUGUCCGUUUUUUGCCUUUUUUUUGUUAGCAAAUGAUGGUUUCUGACCUUUAGAGCCUAUUUUCAUCUCAGUAUAUGAACCCUUCAAGCUAUAUUUUCGCUACUGAGGGAAAAGCUUCUCAAGGAAAAUUCCACAAGUUUUUUGAACUCAAAGCCCUCUAAUUGCUUCAAGAUUAUCUGGGUUUUUUUUUCUUAGACUCAAAAAAAAAAAUAGUAAGUGACAGGUGAGUUCUUUCGUUAAUCACCACUACCAAAUGAUCCUGCGAUUUCGAAAAUUUACUAAAAUUUUACCUGCUUACUUCAACGCUGGACUCUAAGCUUUUCCAAAAAUUUUCGCUAAAAUCUAGAAUCUCCCCCUUUCGAAAACUCACACGGUCAGUAGGCCAAAAAAGGUCUUACAUACGUCAAAAGUCAGUGGCUUUGCUGAACUUCCUUGAGAAGCUGUCCAUGAAUCUCAGAAUCUAAGAAUAAGUAAUUGCGCAAGCCGUUUUGCGGUCCGGCGCACUUCUGAGACAACCGAAAAGUGUUAAGAUAUUCCCCAUCCGGCACAAAAUACAUUUUUUCAGAUGGACGGACAACCAUGUGACUUGGCCCAGUACAUGUUCGUUGUCGUUGUCUUCAUCGUGAUGCUCUCUUUGGCCAUGUGCGCCUUCCGAAUUCUGUUUCUCUGCUGCAACCACGGCAGGUGCGCACUUCUCUUUUUCAAGUACAAAUUCGGCUACAAAACCUCGUGAACCCUGUUACUCUGGGGCUGGAAAAACUAAGAACUCGCGGUGAUAAGGACAAAAAAUGACGGAUGAUGACGCUUCAGAUCUGAACUCAUUCAGACUAUUCAAAAUAUAAUUUUUUGAAUUAUGACGCAGGACUCGAAAGGAUCAAAUACUGACGAUUCUAAAAAAUACUAGAAAUCGCAAAAAUCCCAAAAAAAUCAUAUCCAGAACGCAAAUUUCAAAAAUUUUUUUGAAAUCUUAUGAUAAAAUGGGAAUUUUGAGCCUUUCGACCAUUAGGUAAAAAGCAGGCACUUAAAAAAAUUUAAACAUUAUAAUUUUCAAAAAAAGUUUUAACUUUUCGCUCUAUAUUCUAUUUUUUUCGCGACAAACUAAUGGUAAAUAAAUUGAGCUUAAAAAAAUAACUGGAUUUUUUUCUCCACAAUUUUCGGAGUCAUCUUCCUGCCAACAUUUUUGUUCCUCAAAAGGUAAAAUUGAAAGAGAGAGAGCAAAAGCCGUGUUCCAAUCAUCACCAAACAGUGUCCGGUCAAACACACUUUUUCUGUUUUCGCUGAUAACAUAGAUAUCAUCGUCUUUCUUAUUUUUGCCUCCUAUCAUUCAGUGUCCCUCUUAUUUUUUCGUCCUUUCCCUAGAACUACAAAUAUUAUUUUGAAAUGUGCAUAAAAUUUCAUUUAUUAUUAAAAAGGUGGCGAGAAAGGUGAGCCCUUCGAAUUCGACAGUUUUGAAGUUAAUAAAACGAAAUUUGCAGGCGGAUCCCACAGGGAGGAGAAGACCUGUUCAAUCGACGGCAAACGGUUGGAGCGGGUACUUUUAUUUUUAUUUUUGUGUCUAGUCUGUUGAGUCUUUUUGGAGAAAAAAAGCAAAGCUUUCCGAUUAACUUUUUUUGCAGGGGGAUGAAGCAGAGCUGAAGGCAAGGAAGUCCCUUCUAAAUUCGAAAAUUACAGAAGAGCUCGGACGAGGCCGGACCAACUACGGUUUCACGGAGCCGCCGCCUCGAUACGACCAGCUCUUCAAGCAAGACGCGACGCCUCGCGGAGCCCCCGCAGAGGCUCCGCCGCCGACCUACGAACAAGUUUCGACCAUCAGCACGCCUACUUUUGAAGUUCGACCACAGCCUGCUUCCAAUCAAAGACCAACUGUGUUAGUUUUUUCGAUGAUUGAAAAGUUCAAAAAUCAGAGAGCCUCCUAACUUUAUAGUCCGUUUUUCGCAACUUGAAAGGGCGGGGCUUCUCUGCGCCCUCCUCGUCUCUCGCCGACCCUCUCUUGUUGACGCGCUAUUUUCGCAUUUUUGUGACCUUGUCGGUGAGGGAACAGAGAGACGCAGACACUCGAAAACUAUCAAGUCGCGGCGGGCGGACUGUACCAUGACAGGGUUAAACAAGACUCAACCUCUUCUCAAAAUGAAAUUCGUACUUCUCGAUCUCAAAAAAUCACUUAUCGUGCAAUCCUGAGUUUCUGACGUUUUCAAGCUAUCCAGCCUUAGAACGUUGAAACAUCUGAUGAAUCUAUGGGGGUCGAUUUAAAAAAAAACCUCUUUUCAUUAGGCCUUUGUACCGCUAGAGCAUCAUCAAAACCUCAAGUCGAUUAGCCCAGGAUCUUUACUGAUAUCAGUGAUUAUCAUUGGACUGGACAUACCCAUCCUUUUUUUAGACGGUUGGGGAUUAUGAACAUGUGGUUCCCCACUACCAAAAUUUCCUAAACCCCUUGGUCAGGUCGGGGAUCACACUUGUGACCUUGCGGACCCUAGACACACUAAGGCUCUCCCAUUCAAAAAACCUCUCUAAACCAACUUGAAACCCCGUAUUUUCUCAGACAAUCCACGAUCCCAGCUACACAGAGCACCGGUACCGAAGUAUUCGUCGUGCCGUUCGAUCAGUAAGCUUAGUGCAUGAAAACCAUCUCAACUCCUUACUUCAGCCCAGUCUCAACCAAUGAACAAUCGAACUUCCAACGAAGUCCGAGAGAAAUCGACGUCGAAACGAGUUCCGACAAUAUCGCCGAACACAUGCGAGCCUGUGCCUUGAGAUACGGUCGUGAAGCCGCAGGUUUAUACCCUUCUAGCUGUCCCAAAUUCGUUUUCCCCAAAGAAAAAAAAAAUGAUAAAAAGCGCUUUCCAGACGCGAUAACAAUCCGGUCACCAACUUCCAACUCAAUACCAAUCGGAGCUUUUGGAACUUCCUACCCAGUCGAAUACAAUGGUGGGUACAUCUAACAAGGAAAUUACUUCUUGAGAAUUGGAAAGAACACUCCUUGAAGUAUAGUCAAUGUUUCGCGACUUGAAAGGCGAGGGAGGCGGGGCAAGGGGCGGGACGCGUAGCGUGUGCGUUCGCGGUCCUUGGCACGUGUUCAACUCAACCGCCAUCGACUCUUUGAAAAUCCCGUUUUUCGCUCUUUCAUUCCUUUUUCAGUUAUUUAUUAAUAAUGUUCAUUUGUGCAUUAAAAAUAGUAGAAAAUACAGAAAAAGAGCGGUUGUCGAGCAUUUUAAAUAGUCGGCGGCAAUUGAAUUGAACUCGUGCCAAGAACCGCGAACGCACACGCUACGCGUCUCGCCCCUUGCCCCGCCUUUCAAGUCGGGAAACAUUGACUAUACCAGAUAAAGAUCGUGAAAGUCUUUAGUUGCAAAACUUCCCAGUUUUUGAAAAAUAAUGCUCAAAGAUGAAAAAAAAAGACUAAAAUCGGCAAUUUUAAGCAGUAAUUUAAAAAAAAAACAGAAAGUUGUGCAGGAUGAGACAUCUAUUUAGAAUCAAAGAGUAUUCGGGUCGAGUUUCAGGAAGAACCUAACCGUAAAGGAAACACAAAAAAGAAUAAGCCAAUAGUGAUUUGAAAAAUUGCAGCAACUGUUGUACCUUCCUACGACGCAAUCUCACUCAGAAGAGAGACAAUUUUGGAUGAAGAUCGCCUUACGAGGUCCCCUGCUCCGAGUUACUCAUCUAGUUGGUUUUUUUCUUAAAUUUAAUGCAGAUGUUAAAACACACGUUCUCCGAAAUAAGCAAUGAACCGUUGCCAGUAACAACUCAUGUUGCUUUUUUUUGAGCUCAUACUUUUAUCACAGAAACUACACAAGCCUUCCUUUUAGUUGAGUUCUUGACAAGCUCCUCCCCUUUUGAGGGUUACUGUAGCCAAAAUACAAAAAAAUCACACUUUUAUCUCCGCGGUCCAAAUUUAAUAAAAGUUUUUUUUUAAAACGAAAGCCAGUGACCAAUUAGACAUUUACAGUGUACGAAAUUUUUUUUUCUAAAGCCAAAUCGUUUACUAGAACUUUUGAUCGUUCAGUGAAAAAAUAAAACACAAAAUUUCAAUAAUUUACAAUUCAAAAGUUUCCACUAAAGGGUAUCGUCAUGAAAUAAUUGAAAUGAGUCGAUGUUUUUUAAAGAUCCCUAAAUAAGGAACUUUUUUCAGCUCUUUGUUGAGCUUCUGAUGAGGCUUUUUUGGAGCAUACUUUGGAAUCUCCUGAUUCCAGAACACGAAAAAAAUGUUCUAACGAUAGAUCUUGUUUUGAAUGUUAGUUAAGACGCUUCGAAAGCUUGAAAAAGUUUUUUUAUGUCACAACUUGCGAAUUUGCAAACGUUAAAGUUUCACAAGCGGAAACUAGAUCUAUUGCGAAAAUGUUUCUUCUUACCGUGGAAUCAGGAGGUCUUAAAGUACACUUCAGCAUUUUUUCACCAAAAGUUCAGCCGCGGGAUAAUAAAUGUUACCUAGUAAAGCUAGGAACGAUCAAAAUACAUUUCAAAUUGAUUUUUCAAAAAAAUAUUGUUAAAAACCAAAAACACUAUUUUUUCGAUGGGUUUCAUUUUACUUCAACCACUGGAACUAGAUAAUACCUCAGAAAGACUCAUUUUUCGUUAAUUUCGUUCAAAAACUAUAACUUAGGCGAAAAACAUGACGGAAAAUAUUCCAGACUCAGCCCGAUCAAAUAUCGAAACCUCCGAGGGUCAACCAACCACUUCACGAGAAAGUUAGUGGAAAACUAUAACUUCAUUAUUCUUUCUCAACUAUUUCCAGACGAAAACGAAACAUCAAUAGCUUUUGAAGAAAUCAACUUGGAAUCCAAUGAUAACACGACUUCUCCGCGAAAGAAAUCCGUCUAA